GUGUUUUGUCGAUUGGUUGAUCAAGCAUUGUUCUAUUUAGUCAGUUGGGCUCGCAAAGUGCAUUUUUUCAAAGAACUAUCCGUUGACGAUCAGAUGAAGUUGCUGGAAUGCUGCUGGAGUGAAUUGCUGCUUCUCGAUGUCAUUUACAAGCAGAUGGGAUGCACUCCAUCCAGAGAUGUAGUUAUGUUGACAGAUCAUCGCAUCAGCGUUGAAAUGAUUGAACAGAUUGGCAUACCCACAACCUCCAUUGACCAGUUUUUUGAACUUAUCAGAAAGUUGCACAGCCUUCAGUUGGACAUAAAUGAAUAUUCUUGUCUCAAAUUCAUUAAAAUGGUUUUUUUAGAUAUACCGGGUCUGAGCAAUCAAGAAAAAGUGGAACAGUCUCGAGGAGAAGUCAGUGCUGCUCUGCUUGACUACUGCAAUGCCUGCAAUGCAAACAACGAUAAAGUUGGUCAGUUGCUUCUAUUGCUGUCCGAAGUUAAGGAGAUAAGUGUUGCUCUUGAGAAUUAUUUGUAUGACCAGGUUAAAUUAGGAAAUACAGGUGAAAGCAAUCUACUUAUUGAGAUACUGCACUCUAAUCGUAGUUAA